AUGACGCCCUACAAGCUUUUCGAGCCUCUGCAGAUUGAAAACCUUCAUCUCGAGCAUCGAGUUGUCAUGGCUCCGCUCACUCGACUCCGCGCCGACGCAGAACACGUCCCCUUAGCCAUAGCCAAAACGUACUAUGAGCAACGAGCAUCUGUGCCAGGGACGCUGCUCAUCGCCGAAGCCACCCAGAUCUCAGCACUCGAAGGCGGGAUUCCGCAUGGGCCUGGAAUUUGGAGCGAGCCCCAGAUCCAGCGCUGGAAAGAAAUCACCGACGCCGUGCAUGAAAAGGGCAGCUUCAUUUAUUGUCAGUUGAUCGCGCUGGGCAGAGCGGCUGAUCCUGCUGUGCUUCGUGCAGAGGGCGGAUAUGAGCUCCACGCCCCCAGUGCGAUUCCGAUGGAGCCUGGAAUGCCCGUUCCCAAAGAAUUGAGAGAUGAAGAGAUUCUGAACAUUAUCAAUGACUUUGCGACAGCGGCAAAGAAUGCAAUCCGAGCUGGGUUUGACGGCGUUGAGAUCCACGGAGCAAACGGCUAUUUAGUCGAUCAGUUUCUUCAAGAUGUGUCAAAUCAGCGCGUCGAUCGCUGGGGCGGCAGUGUUUCCAAUCGAGCCCUGUUUGGGCUGGAAGUUGCCAGGGCUGCAGUGGAUGCUAUCGGGGCUGACCGCGUUGGGUUUCGACUCAGUCCGUGGAAUACUUGGCAAAGUAUGAAGAUGGCCGAUCCCGUUCCUCAAUUUGCCUAUUUUGUGGAGCAGCUGAGGCAGUUGGACCUGGCUUACCUGCAUCUCAUCGAGUCGCGGGUCAUCAACAAUAUGGACUGUGAACAGGGGGAAAGUAACAAGUUCCUUCUCGACAUCUGGGGCAAAACUUCCCCUGUGCUUGUUGCGGGCGGAUAUACCCCGGGAAAUGCCGAAGCUGCUCUUCAGGAUGACUACAAGGAUUACGAGGUCGCAAUCGUCUUUGGACGCCAUUUCCUUGCGAACCCUGAUUUGCCGUUUCGCAUUCGCCAAGGACUUGAUCUCAACCGAUAUCAUCGAGAAAGCUUCUAUACUCCUAUACAAGAAAGGGGUUACAUCGACUAUCCCUUCAGUGCGGAAUUUGCCAAAGUGAACAACUGAUGUUUUCGGAGGACUUUGACCGCCCACAAAACACAACCCCAAAAAUAGAAGGUAAUGGGUAGAAUCAUCUUGCGGGCUUGUAAUGAACCAGAGUCCGAAAGGUCCCAUGCACAAAUCAUGCUGGAUAAUAUAUGUCUUCUGCGCUGAGUACUCUCUUGACACGAUUGAACUUAGUAGCAUAGUACUCAAGCAAAAAAAACCAUCUUAGUAGGGCUUCACUAUCUCAG